CCUGCUCUGCCACAUAUGAAGCAGUCACAUUCUACAGAUUGGUCAUCCACACCCAUGGACCAGGAGGAUUUUGCUACAAAAACACUGUCAGAAAGAGAAAUCAUAGCACUGUUUGAAAAAAUGAUGGAAGAUAUGAAUUUAAAUGAAGACAAGAAGAUGCCAUUGAGAGAAAAGGAUUUCAAUACCAAAAAAGAAAUGGUGAUGCAAUAUAUUAGUACUGCUUCCAAGUCUGGAAGCCUCAAGAACAGUAGGAAGAUUUCUCCCCAAGAAUUUAUUCAGGAUUUAAAAUCUGGGUCAACGGAUGAAAGACUAGUCACUUGCUUAGAAUCUCUCCGUGUGUCCUUGACUAGUAAUCCUGUCAGCUGGGUUGAAAACUUUGGCCGAGAAGGUCUGGGACUACUGUUGGAUGUUUUGGAACGAUUGGUUGAGACAAAAAAUCAGGACAGACUUGUGAAGAGGAGUCAGCAUAAAGUAAUACAGUGUUUGAGAGCCUUCAUGAAUAAUAAGUAUGGGUUGGAAAGAAUUUUGGGAGAAGAAAGGAGCCUUUUGUUGCUGGCCAAAGCAAUUGAUCCCAAGCAAACAAACAUGAUGACGGAUAUAGUUAAACUGUUAUCUGCAAUGUGCAUUGUUGGAGAGGAAAAUACCCUUGAAAAAAUUUUGGAAGCUGUAACAGCAGCAGCGGAGGAGAGGAAUGUUGAUAGAUUCUCUCCUAUUGUAGAAGGUCUUCAGGAUAACUCAGUUCAGCUGCAAGUAGCUUGCAUGCAACUCAUCAAUGCUCUCGUUACAUCUCCUGAUGACUUGGAUUUUAGGCUUCACAUCAGAAAUGAAUUUAUGCGCUGUGGAUUGAAAGAGAUAUUGCCACAUCUACAAUGUAUAAAGAAUGAAGCACUAGACAUUCAGCUGAAAGUGUUCAAUGAGCAUAAGGAAGAAGACAUGAUUGAAUUCUCUCAUCGUUUAGAAGAUAUUAGAUCUGAACUGGAUGAAGUAAAUGAUGUUUACAACAUGGUGUGGAACACAGUUAAGGACACUAGUGCUGAAGGAUAUUUUCUUUCUAUUCUCCAACAUCUUUUGCUGAUAAGAAAUGAUUAUUUUAUCCGUCCACAGUAUUUCAAAUUAAUUGAAGAGUGUGUGUCACAGAUAGUGUUACAUCGAAAUGGAACAGACCCAGAUUUCACAUAUCGUAAGAGAUUAGAUAUAAAUUUCAGCCACUUACUAGAUGUUUGUGUAGAUAAAGCAAGAUUAGAAGAAUGUGAAGAGAGGGCUUCUGAACUUUCCAGAAAAUUUGAAAAAGAUUUUGUAGUUCAUCAGGAGACCCAGGCCCUGCUGCAAAAAAAAGAGGAGAGAAUCUGUGAACUUGAAACAGAAUUACAAGCUUUUAAAUCACAGUAUGGCUCUGUGCCACCUGGUUUUCUGCCAUCAACUCAUGGAGAUGCAUCUGUUGUUCCACUGGAAGGUGCAGGACCACAUCAAUUUCCACCCCCUCCUCCUCCACCACUGCCUUCUAAUGGAGCAAUUCCACCACCACCGCCUCCCCCUCCUCCUCCACCACUUCUGAAUAGCUUGGGAGCUCCUCUGGGUUUUGGUGGCGCUCCUCCACCACCGCCUCUGCCAGGCCUGCCUGGAAUACAGUGGUCCCCACCUUCAUGUGCUUUGCCAUUUGGAAUGAAGCCUAAAAAGGAAUUCAAACCUGAGGUUACCAUGAAAAGACUCAACUGGUCUAAGAUCAGACCUCAGGAAAUGACAGAAUCCUGUUUUUGGGUUAAGGCAGAAGAAGAGAAGUAUGCGAAUGCUGACAUGCUUUGCAAAUUGGAACUUACAUUUUGUUGUCAGAAAAGGGUAAAAAGAGAGGAGGAGGAUUUUGAAGAAAAGAAAUCCAUUAAGAAACGAAUCAAAGAAUUAAAAGUUUUGGAUCCUAAGAUUGCGCAGAAUCUGUCAAUCUUCCUUGGAUCUUUCCGAGUGCCUUAUGAAGAGAUCAAAAUGAUGAUAUUGGAAGUAGAUGAAACACAGCUCUCAGAGUCCAUGAUUCAGAAUUUAAUAAAACACCUUCCUGAACAAGAACAACUGAAUGCAUUGUCCAAGUUCAAGAACGAGUAUAGCAAUUUGUCUGAGCCAGAGCAGUUUGGAGUUGUGAUGAGCAACGUGAAGAGACUACGGCCACGGCUCAGUGCUAUUCUUUUUAAGCUUCAGUUUGAGGAGCAGGUGAACAACAUCAAACCUGACAUCAUGGCUGUCAGUGCUGCCUGUGAAGAGAUAAAGAAGAGUAAAAGCUUUAGCAAGCUGCUGGAACUGGUAUUGCUAAUGGGAAACUACAUGAAUGCAGGUUCUCGGAAUGCACAGACCUUUGGAUAUAAUCUCAGCUCGCUAUGUAAACUGAAGGACACAAAAUCAGCAGACCAGAAAACAACGUUGCUCCAUUUUCUGGUAGAAGUGUGUGAAGAAAGCUAUCAGGAUGUCCUGAAUUUUGUUGAGGAUUUUCAGCAUUUGGAUAAAGCUAGUAAAGUCUCAGCAGAAAACCUGGAGAAGAGCCUCAAGCAUAUGGAGAGACAGCUUCAACAGCUUGAGAAGGAUUUGAAGACUUUUCCAGUUCCUGAAGAUAAGCAUGAUAAGUUUGUAGCAAAAAUGUCAAGCUUCCUCGUUCAUGCCAAAGAAGAUUUUCAGAAAGUUUCACGGAUGCAUGAGAACAUGGAAAAACUCUAUCAGAACGUGAUGGGGUAUUAUGCCAUUGACCUGAAGAAAGUUUCAGUGGAGGAGUUUUUAACGGACUUAAACAACUUCAGGAUGAUGUUCAUGCAAGCAGUAAAAGAAAAUAUGAGAAGAAGAGAAGCAGAAGAAAAACAGAGACGUGCUAAAAUAGCUAAGGAGAAGGCAGAAAAAGAAAAACUAGAGAGACAACAAAAGAAAAAACGCUUGUUAGAAAUGAAAACAGAAGGUGAGGAGACUGGAGUGAUGGAUAGCCUGCUGGAGGCCUUGCAGUCAGGUGCGGCUUUUCGAGACAGAAGGAAAAGGACACCAAGGUCCAAAGACAUACCACAAAAUCUCAGUCCAACCACACAGCGGCCUGUGCUGAAAGCUUGUAACCAUGAGAACCAGAAAGGACAGCCAGAGAAGCCAUGUUCACACCACAGUAUCAGUUUAAACUCAACAAGAAGCCUAGUCACCAAAGAAGUUACAUAUGAUGUGGAAACAAGUUCUAAGGUGUUGAACAAGGCUGUCGGGAGAAGGGAAGCAUGUCAUGGAGAAGGUGUCAAAGAAAAGAAAAUAGAUCGUAUCGGGUCCCCUUCUAAGGGAGAAGCCAUUCCAGAAGUAGAAGCUCUCUUGGCAAGACUGCGAGCACUAUAGAAUAAUCAUAUAACAGAUUAAAUACAAACAAUAGCCUACACUACAUCUAUAAAGAAACAGUAAUUUUCUAUUUUUGAUGUUAUAUACUUCUGAGUUUCUAACUUCUCUGUGGAUGAAUGAUCUAAACUUUGUUUGCAAGACUAUACAAAACAAUACUAUAGUUUUGCAUAACUGCACGAUGAUUUUUUAUUAUAUGUUUUUACUUAAUAAGCAUACAAAAAGUAUCAGAAGAAAAUAAAUACUAAAUUGUUCCAAAGCACAAUCCUUUUAGUGGACAGACUGCUAACCAUCUAUUUUGAGUGCUUCUGAAAAUAGGAAUAUCUUUUAAUAUUGUUAAAUCAUCAUGUCUGGGAAUAGUGUCAAUAAAUAACAGAAAAGGUAUUCUUAUAUUUUCUACUGUAAUUUCUAUAUUUAGAAGGCUAAAGCACUAAAAAUGUAUCAUUAUAAUGUCCUUUACAAUUACAGUAAUAUACAGUAUCAACCAUAUUCCAGUUUGAGCUCAUCAGAGAGCACCAAAUCUUGCUGAAUUAUAGAUAUAUUUAUCACAUGGUAAUCCAUGGGCAGCAAACAAAAAAUCUAUGCAAAUAAUAUACUUUAUGUGUAAUUAAUAUAUCACUGCUUUUAAGGUUAUUAUCAUUAUUAUAUAAAAAUAAUAUAUACAAUUUCUUUGAUUGCUUUUCAAGUGCAUCUUUAGUGGGGGAAAAUGCCUUCACAGUUAUUUACUGGUGUAAAAUUUUAUCUUUUCACAUGCGAAUUAAUAUGUUUCUAGAAAAGGAAAAUGUAAUGGGGAAGAUUUUUUCAAUUGGUUUUUCACAAACUCAUUUUCCAGUAGCCCAUAAAGUCUUACUUGUUGGCACAACAGGAGUAUUGCAAGUGAUUGCAUCUCUUUUAUCCCACUGUUACUCUACAGUGUUGUGUGCUCGCUAUCAUAUUUAUUAAUUGCACAUCAGAAAGAGUUGCUACCAAUGUUAUCAAGUAGGGAGCUAUUGUUAGUCUCCUUGCUCCAUUAUUUAAAGCUUCCUUAUUAUAAAAGUCUAUUAAGAAUCAAAUAUCUUUCUUCUAAAUUACUUUAUUUUUCUUUACAAAAUGCUGAAAAAUAUGUCUUUCAAUAAGAGUCAGUUACAUGAAACCAGUGUUUCAAUGCUCCAGUGCUUUUUAUAUCCUUGUUUAAGUUGCCUUUGUACUUCCUGCACUAAACAUUAAUAAAGUUAAUUAGAACUUGAAAACUGGGCCUGAUUACCCACACGGCAUAGGGGUUUUUAGCCAUCAUGGGAAUCAAUCUCCUGUUUCUGGGACUGUUGUAGCUGUCAUUAGACACUAAUUACAUGUCCCGCCUUUGCUGAAAGAAGAGAGGUAUUAACACAAGUCAGGGAAGGAUUCAGAGCAGGCCUGUCAGGCAGACUUUUCUUCAGCUUCCCUUGCAAACAAUUGGCAUAGCUGUCAUACAGAGACACCUUUGGUAACUUGAAAUAUAUCUUGGAUAUAUAACUUGAAAUACGUUGACUGGUAGCUGUUCCACUAAGGUUUUCUGCACCUCCAGUAUUAAGACUUACUACCCCUAUUUACAGGGUGCAGUAAAAAUUACUAUCUAAAAUGGCCAAUACAAUUGACUACAUAAAGUGACAUUUGAAACACAAAGAAAAUGCCUGUUGAAGGGGAAUAAAAGUUAGCAGUUCACUGGAUUUUGUCAGUUUCCAGGGAUGCUAAAAUAAAAGGGAUAAAAGUAGAGAGUCAUCUCUUAAAUAUUAAGAGGAUGACAUACCAAGUGUAGGUGGAAGUACAAAUUAUUUUCAUGAACACUAUAAACUUGUUCAUUUGAAUUAAUGAAUGAUACUCUACCUGAGAAAACUGACAGUUCAGGACACUGCUGCACAGCUGAUCAAGCAAAGAAAAGUUACAAAACUAUCUACUGAAUUUUGCAAUGAACAAAAUGCUGCUAGAAGCCUAGUAUCUCCUGAUUUUAAAAUAAAUAUUUGUCUUUAAAUUACAGAAUUUAAGCUCCUUUUUUUUACAGUUUGGGAAGGUGUUAGAAAUGUGUUCCAGGGCUUUUAGUCCUUCUAAGGUACUGCGUUUCUGAAUUAAUCCUUUCAAGCAGCCAUCGAGUAAAUUUGCAGAGGUUUUUUUUUCUGUAACAAGGCAAAUAAAAAGCUGUGCAAUUUCUUAGAAUUCGUGUAAAUACAGUGUGCAGGUUUUUUUCCUCCUUCUUUUGUCCUGCUUCUUUGUACCAUCAUAAGUUAAUCUUCUCAGAGCUAAAGUACAUGGUCCAGUUGACGUACAUACUAGGUUUUCUUUCUACAUUUUGUCUGUCUUUAAUUCCCAUUAGACACAAAAUCAUAUACAGGAUGUUUUUGAUAUGAAAAAUGCUAGUAUUGCCUUAUGAGUUCAGGGAAACAAUAACUUUGAAAGUAUUGCAGCUGUAUUUAUUUCUGUGAUUUUAUGUUUUUAUAAAAGUAUAAAACUCAGCUUGUAAAUUAUAUAGAGUAAAUUGCUUUAAAUAAAUUUAAAAAUUAACUCAUUCAGUUUAAAAAUUAAAGUUAAUUCAAUCUUGGAAUGUUUAGGGUAGACCUUUAUUGGUAUGUGCUAGUCAUUUUUGGUAGGUAUUGAGUCUACUCCUACAACUAUGGGAUUGAGCCAUGAACCUUUUCUGUUAGAUGCAAACAAAGGUUCCACAUAUUGUGCCACACCCUCUCUAAUUCACACCUGAAAAUUAAGUUUUUAUAAAAACAGCUUUCUGAUCUAGUCAAACAUAGCUGUUCAGAUAAAAGCAUUUGAAGUAAUCAUGCAAGGCUCUUUCCUUACCUGAGCAGCAGACAAAAGGCACAAACAUCCAUGACUGUUCUUUCCAGUACAACUGUAAAGGUAUAACAAAUAUUUUUGAUUCUUCAUAUGCAUUUUGGAUGACUUUUUAUUUCACUCAGUAAAAGAAUUUUGAUUACUACAUCAAUUUUUACUUCCUGCAGACACUAUGUUGUUUGUGGUGGUGGUCUAAAUUUGUAUGAAACAGGCUAAUGUUUUGACCUUAGAAAGGCAGGAAUGUUUGGAGCAGUCUCUUCAAACUGCUCACAGCAAAGCUUGACACCUAACUCACAAGCUGUAGGUAAUACCCCAGUGUGUGUAAGCCCAGAAGGAAAAGUGGAGGAAGUGCCUUCAUCACAAAAAUGUCCAACAGUACCAGCACCCGAUGGCUGCCAUGAGAUGUGAUACUGCUCUAGGUUGGGCACUUCAUUAAAGAAGUAUGGAUGAGCAAUCUGAAAAUACUUAUCUUUAUUUCCCAAUUAUUAUGGCAACACUACUGCUUAAGAGACUGACAGGACCAUAUGUAGGAAAAAAGUCUCAGGUGCAGUUGUUACAGUUUUUCUCCAACACAGUUUUCUUUCUUUUCCCUCAUACAACCAUUCCUCAGCCUGGUCAUUUAAAAGUCACACUCUCCAGAAGUGCAGGAGUUAAUGCUGACCAGCUGGAGGUGUUGCAGCCCUGCAAUCUUUUAUAAUAAAAGCUGAGAAAGACGGCAUUUACUGCUAACACUUUUGCCAUGUCCAUUUCUAAUGACCAGGACCAAAUUAUAAUUUUUACACUAAUCUUUCCAAGCCUUACCAUACUCAGUAAUUAUAAAACAAAUGGGCAACAAACAGGGGUCAAUAAACCCAAGCUAUGGCACCCAAAACAUUAUAAUAAGCAAGCAGGGUCAAGUGAAAGAGCUCAGCAAAAAAAAAGCAAUUGCAUGACAACAUUGCUUUCCUCAGGACAAAAUAAAGCAUUACUAUACCAUUUUCUAAUAUUUUUUAAAUGUGAUGUAUGACUUUUACGCAACUGAACUGCAGCAGAAAAAUAACUUAUUUUGGGUCUGAGGAACUGUUUGUCUAGUUUAUGAAAUAAAAAGAAUUAGAUAAGUUGCACUUUAUCAAUUUUUUAUCUAAUUUUAUGACAAGAUUCCUAUAUAUAAGAAAUUACCAUCUGCUAUUAAGUUAACUAUGGCACCGACUAAUGAACUUGGUUUACAUUUUAUUAGCACAUGAAGCAAGCACAUUUUUUUCCUUUUCGAAUACACUUUCUCCUUUGCACUAUUGUGUGUUUUAGCUGAAGCAUAGUAUUUAGAAGAGGGCUCUACAUCUCACUGUAAAAGCAUGUUUGAUAAUGCAUUCUGGUCACUCUGACAGUGAAAAAUAAACAAGAGGUGUUCAGACACAAUUUUUCUCCCUCCCAGCCUCAGAGAUAGCCAUUAAGUUUCAUACUUUAGCUGAGUACAUUUAAACUCCUCUGUGCUUCUUCUUCCAUAAUGCAGCUUUUUCUUUUUGUGAUCCAUGCAAUGGUAUACACUGAAGAAUUGUUAAGGGAAAUAUUUUCUAGCAGCAUACCAAAAGGAAACUAAGCAGAUGACUUGCAUGCAACAUCAGCCCUAUAUGCCGUAGGAGGCAUAACACUUGAAAUGUAACACAAACAGGCAGAUAAGGUAUUUCAUUCCACAGAAGGAAAAUGACUCCUUUCAUCUAAAUGAGUUUAUUCCACUGCUGAUACCAGAAUUGUAUGUAUUUUGGGAGGAUAAUGUACCCCUAUUUUUAAAUCUGUGUUACA